AUGAGACCAUACAUCCUAAAUGCUACUGAUAGAAUUCGUGAGAUUAUCAAUCAGAUUAAGUCAGAAAGAACACUUGUUACUCGCUUCGCACUCGUCGAAUAUCGGGAUUAUCCACUUGAGGAGAAUAUAUUUGUAACACGCGUACAAAGUUUCACAAAUGCAGAGGCAGAGAUGAAUGGAUGGCUAGAUCAAUGCCUGGCUCAAGGUGGUGGUGACACACCCGAAGCAGUUGCCGAUGCGCUCUAUGAUAUUCUCAAUCUCUCAUGGGACCCUCAAGCUGUCAAAAUCUGUAUUUUAAUUGCCGAUGCACCUCCACAUGGAUUUCAUCCAAUAGGUGAUUCAUUUCCUUCGGGAUCUCCUGCUGGACAUGACGCAAACAUGAUCGUUCGAAAAAUGGCCGAAGAAAAAAUCACACUUCAUAUUAUCGGUGUUGAACCUUCCAGUAUACCAUUCCGUGCAUAUUUUGAGUUACUUGCAAAAGUUACUUGCGGAGAAUAUAUUUCAUUGGAAAAUGCCAAUAAUUUUGGUCAAAAGAUUAUUGCUACAGUACUUCAACAACCCACUCAGAUAGUGUCAGACGAAACCACAGGGUAA